AUGCGCUGCGAUGUUAUCGCUCAGGGGAUUAUCAAAGCUACUAAGGAACUUGAUAUCAAGAUUCCAAUUGUUGUUCGUCUACAGGGAACAAAAGUAGAAGAAGGUAAAGCCCUCAUUGUCAAAUCAAAUCUGAGGAUUGUGAGCUGUGAUAAUCUUGAUGAGGCUGCUAAGAUGGCUGUGAAGUUAUCCGAUGUUGUUAAAUUGGCUCGAGAUGAUCAUCUUGAUGUGAAAUUUCAAACGCCUUAG